AUGGUGGGGGCAUGCGGCAGCGAUGCCAUACUGGGUCUCCGAGUUGGCAACUCUUCCAACUCCGGUAGCUACCUGCCCCUCCUCUACACUCACGGGAUCACGCUGACGGAGGUGGGAUCGCAGGUGUCGCUCAAGUGCUCUGAUGUUAUAACUAAGCUUAAAGAAAUUGUGAACGGUAGGCCUAUCGCAUCACUGAUGACUGCCAUGGACAAUUUCCUCUACGGUAUCCGGGAGCCAUUCAUCUUCACGCUCGUGGCACUCUGGUCUCUCGCAUUCCUCAUCUGUGCCAACACGAUGCUAUAUCGCCUGGACGUGCUCCACAUCCGAUCACACCUUAUUCGCGCCAAGGCUUCUCACCACAUCGACGUCAAGGCCUUACUCACGAAAGGCCGGAAGAUGCUUUCACUUUACAAGGACGUCGACUACUUCGACGAGGACCCUAUUGGUUAUAUUGAUUAUUGGCCACCAACGUACGCAAUCGGCGAUGGCCAUGCGACCAUCCUACGUGAUGGCCAGUGGACUUCGUAG